UGAACUAUACAACAACUUCAGCAAUUCAAUUCUUCCUGACGAGCUUACGGCCACUAUUUCCCCAAUAUCUUAGCCAGAACCCUCACACCAACCUCCCCGAUCAUGUCAUUCCUCUUCGGCGGCGGGCGACCGCAACCCAGCUCGGCGGAGAAGAUCGCCCAAGCAGAAAUGGAAUUCGAGAUGGUUAUGGACGCCUUUAGCAGACUCAAUUCAUCCUGCACCCGAAAAUGCCUACCAACGGACUACCGCGAGGGCGAACUGAACAAAGCCGAGUCUGUCUGUCUUGACCGCUGCGCCGCGAAGUUUGUCGAAGUCAGCUUGAAGGUCUCCGAGAAGUUCCAACAGGACGCAGCGAAUGCAAGGGGCGGCCAGGCUGGUAGUGGAGGGAUGUUUGGCAUGUAAUUUGGCAUGACACCUGGCUUUGCGGAUGCCGACGGUCGCCUGUAAAAGGUCGGGCUUUUCUGCGCGAUCAUUUGGGAUUGAAGCUGCGUGGUACGCGGCGGAUAUGGAUCAAGAGUGCGACUCAUGAGGACCAUUCUUGUGCUUGACUCGGCUUAUUAUGUAUAGAAUUGGAGCGGGACUAUGUAACAAUAGAUGGAUGGCGCGAAUCGCCUUGUUGGCUGGAUACCCUUCUCAAGUCUUCCAACUCUAUAUUCCCUUGCACCAUUCGCCAUUCUCUAUUUACACAUUGCAACGUACUGCCUGCUGCAUCUAACACCAAUCCUAUGAGCUCC